AUGUAUGUAUGUAUGUAUGUAUGUAUGUAUGUAUGUAUGUAUGUAUGUAUGUACAUGUGGAUACGUGAAAUUGCACAGAACUUAAAAGAGCUGCCGUUGAACGAUCCGUUCCGGUUGAAAUCAGCUCGAGAAUUGCUCGAGAAAUUGUAUGCAAUGGGGCUGAUACCGUCCGCUGAUUCUCUGGAGCGUGCCAGCAAAAUCACAGCUUCCUCGUUUUGCCGUCGCCGAUUGCCGGUUGUUAUGAAACGGUUGGAAAUGGCUGACACUGUACGAAAUGCGAGUGACUUAGUAGAGCAAGGGCAUGUUCGGGUUGGAACAGAACUCGUCACCGAUCCAGCUUUUUUGGUGACACGCAACCUGCAGGACUGUGUAACAUGGACGAAGAGUUCCAAAAUUCGUACACAUAUCCUCAAUUACAAUAAUGAACGUGAUGAUUUUUUAUCGUAG